GAAAUUGUGUCACAAAUUUCACUUUCUCUACGUCUACCUCCCCUUUUUUGAUAUCAAAAAAGUCUUGUUUGCAUUUCCCCUAUAUUUUUUGGUGUGCCGUGCAUAAUCAUAAGUUAAUAUGGAUCUAAUGGACACCUACGAAAGUGUACUCCUUGUAAAAAAUGAAGUGUUCGUAUUUAAAAUACCCCCUAAAACAACAAACAGGGGCUACAGGGCUGCUGAUUGGAACUUACAGGAACCUCAGUGGACUGGGAGAAUGAGGCUUGUGGGAAAGGGGGAGGAGCUGAUCAUGAAACUAGAAGACAAGGUGACAGGAGAGCUGUUCGCGAAGUGCCCCAUCGACAAGUACCCGGGUGUAGCUCUGGAGGCCGUGACUGAUAGCUCUCGAUACUUUGUUGCGAAAAUCCAGGAUGAUAAUGGAAGAGCUGCUUACAUUGGGCUUGGUUUUGGAGAUAGAUCAGAUUCGUUUGAUCUGAAUGUUGCUCUGCAAGAUCACUUCAAGUGGUUAAGAAAGGAGCAGGAGGGAGAGCAGCCUCAAGCCGAGACCCUGGACCUCGGCUUCAAAGAAGGAGAGACUAUAAAGAUAAACAUGAAGAUCACUAAGAAAGAUGGUAGCGAAGGGUCCCGGCCACGGCGCGGGGUUGGCGGGGGCGGGGCGGCGGGGUCGCUGCUGCCGCCGCCGCCUGGAGGCACAGGCGCCGGGUCCUCGCGCUUGCCGCCGCCGCCGUCGCCGCAGCACGCGCCCACCCCCACUGCUCCUGGUGCCACUGCCAAUUCCGAUUGGGGGGACUUUAACUCUGCCAGUAAUGCCGACCAGAAAGCUACAACUCCCGGAAAUCAGCAAAACUGGGUUCAAUUUUAAGGGAGAUUAUUGUGUUUAAGUGAUAACUUUGGUAAGUUAAUUAGAGUAAUGUAUUGUAUGUGUAUCACGUUAUUGAUAGAGUUGUUCAAGUUAAUCGAGUCAUAAUAUAUCGAAAAAAAUCGACGUAAUAUAUUACGAUAAAUAAUAAAUACUACAUUGUUUGCAUCACUGUAGUAGAAAAAAAUAUUUUUAUGAGAGGUCUGUGCUCCGCACCCUGUAUUUUUGUAGUUCUAGAUGCGCGCUAUUCCUAUAUAACUAACCAUGGGUAUUCAAAUCUAUCGGCAUCUACUUACCAUGUUUGCUAUAAUUUUAAAUAUUAUAGCUGUUUAGUUGUACAAUAUAACAAAGCAUUGGUGUGUAAUAAAAUUAUUUUAGUUAUUACUUCUCGUAGUGGGUAUACCACCCUCAGUAUAAGUUUACGGUUUAUUGUGUUGAUCAUGCUGUGCGUUGCUUACCUAUUGGGUACCUACAAUGGAAUAACGCUUCGUCUUCGUACAUAGCGCUACGCAGUAUACAUAAUAACAUAAAUACAUAUUUUUGAAUAAUACACAAUUAGUUUUUUUUAAUUAUUUUUAUACAGAGUAAUGUUGGCUUUAAAUUUAUUGGACAGCUAUGAUUCUAGAUCGUAUUAAGUUCAUGUACAACACUCCUGAUAUACCUACCUAUUAAAUAAUCAGUAUUCGACACUGUUUUGGGAUUAAAAUAAAUAUAAAUUUACUUAAAUAUCAUAUUCUUCUUCAUUUAUAUUUUACACUAUUUUCACUUUCAAUUCAGUUUUCAAUAAGUAUAAUGUAUUAUCUUCUAAUAGGUGCUGUGUGGUUUAAAAUACAGAUUUACUUAUCUUUAUUUUUGUCGACUAAUAUUCAUAAUUAAAAGUAUGUACUGUAAUAAAAAAUAAAGACCCACUUUUAGUUCUAUCAGAAUUAUUUAGAAAUGAAAAAAAUUAAUGAAAUUUAUAAGUACGUAGGUACACUGUGUGUAGUUUUAGUUCUUGCAUUCCUUUUUAAUAAUAUAAGAUGUAGAUUACUAAACUGCAUAUCUAUCGAUUUCGCAAUGAUGUAACGGAUAGCUUGUGUACCAAUGUUAAAGUUAUAUGUAUAUUUUGAACCGUCAUGUUAACGAUCGACGAUCGAUGUACCUAAGGUAUAUAAAUGAAAAAAUAUGGAUAUCUUAGUGUUUAUUUUCGCAUACUAAUAUCUUGUUGUUAUUGAAUGCUGUUGAGAUAAUCAAUAUGCGUAAGAAAUUGUAAAUAGGUACUAUGUUUAUUGUUGUGAAUGAAAUAGGUAUAGUGUUUUAGUGAGUACUUAAACUUAUUUAUGUUAGAAUGCAGAUUUUCAAUGUAUGUUCACAUGGCUUAUUGUGUAGAUCUGCAUUUUCAGUAAGUACUGUUACAUAACUACCUAUUAUAAUGUACAAAUAAAACGAAAAUCAUUCCUGAA